AAAACGAAUAUAAUAGAAGUCGUUCCCACGUUGGAGUAUGACUCCUCUUCAUGCGCGUUUUGCUUACCUGAAGGCUGCUAACCAAUCACUGCUUGCCACGUCGUCCAUUUGCCAGAUUGUCAUUAGCAAAGUUGGGCCCCACCUAGAGCUGUCAUCCAAUCAUCCGCUUCACCAACUAACUCACUGAACCACCCUAAAAACGUUCCCUCUCACCUCCAAAUUUCAAUUUCUUAUUUCUCUCAAAUAUUUUUGUCUGAUAGUCUUCAGUCUCUCUGAGCUGACCAAAUCUCACACAUUUUACCGUGAAACCCGGAAGCUUCGACGGAAGAACCUAAACUGAUUCUCUGCCGAGGUCUAUUUGCUCCGGCAAUGUGUGACUCACGCGCUCUAGUCUCAGCUGCUCUUUUUUUAAGCUUGGUUCUAGCUUCCGUCUCUGCUCAGAAAUCUGGUUCCAAGUCUCCAUGGCAAACACUUAGCGGGAAAUCACCUUUGGUGAUAGCCCACGGUGGAUUUUCGGGGACAUUGCCUGGUUACAGCGAUACUGCGUACAGUUUAGCGUUGAUGACUAGCUUACCCGAUGUGGUGUUAUGGUGUGAUGUUCAAUUAACAAAAGAUGGUGAUGGAAUUUGCGCUUCGAAUGUCAACUUAGACAAUGGUACUGAUAUUUCAGAUGUUUAUAAUAAAAGGGAUACUGAGUACGUUAUUGAUGGGAAAUCUACCAGAGGAUGGUUUUCGGUGGACUUUACUCUCAAAGAGCUAUCAUCUGUCUCCAUUCGUCAAGGAAUCUAUUCUCGCGCCCCUAACUUCGAUGGAAGUUUAUUUCAAAUUACGACAGUUGAUAAUAUGGCCAAUCAAUUGAAACCACCAGGCUUAUGGCUGAAUAUUCAGCACAAUGCAUUCUUCAUGCAACGGAAUUUAAGUAUGAGAAACUAUGUACUCUCUUUAUCUAAAAGGGUAGUCAUUAAUUAUAUCUCAUCGUCAGAGUUGAGUUUCUUGAACAAUAUUAGAGCAAGACUCAAUACAAAUGUGACAAAGCUGGUCUUUCGGUUUCUUGGACAAGAUGAGAUUGAGCCUUCAACAAAUCAGACUUAUGGUUCUCUCUUGAAAAAUCUUAAAAAUAUCAAGACAUCUGCCUCUGCAAUUAUUGUCCCUAAAGGUUACAUAUGGCCUGUUGAUACAAAAUCUUAUUUGGAGCCACACACUUCUCUUGUCUUGGAUGCUCAUAAAGAAGGGUUGGAAGUAUAUGCAUCAGAGUUUGUAAAUGACAUUUCUUUGAGUUAUAAUUAUAGUUAUGAUCCGGUAGCUGAGUACCUGAACUUCAUCGACAAUGGUGACUUCAGUGUUGAUGGUGUGCUAACUGAUUUUCCAAUAACUCCAUCAGCAGCCAUAGAUUGCUUUGCUCACCUAGAAAAAAACGCUACAGAACAAGCAAAACCUUUGGUUAUCUCAAAGUGCGGAGCCAGUGGAGACUAUCCAGGUUGUACCGACAAGGCUUAUUCGAAGGCAAUUGAUGAUGGCGUGGAUGUUCUUGACUGUCCAGUCCAAAUGUCAAAAGAUGGGAUACCAUUUUGCUUAAGCUCUAUAAAUCUAAUAGACAGCACAGAUGUGGCUCAAUCUGCGUUUACCGACCUUACAUUAAGCAUUCCAGAGAUUAAGACUGGGACUGGAAUAUUUGCCUUCAGCAUGACAUGGGAUCAAAUUCAAACUUUAAAACCUGUUAUAUCAAACCCCUAUUCAUCAAAGUACGCAUUAUUCCGGAAUCCAAGGAACAUGAAUGAUGGAAGUUUUGUCUCAUUGGCUGAUUUUUUGGACUUAACAAAGAAAUCAAGUUCUCUUACUGGCAUCUUGAUCAGCAUAGAGUUUGCGGCCUAUCUAGCAGAAGAGCAAGGCUUGAGUGUAACUGAAGCAGUCAUUAACUCCCUGAGCAAAGCUGGCUUCAAUAAUCAAACAGCCCUAAAAGUUAUGAUUCAGUCUACCAAUAGCUCUGUUCUAACAAAGUUCCAAGGCAAAAAUGACUAUGAACUCGUGUACAAGAUUGAAGAGGAAAUUCGAAGUCUUGAUGAUGGUGCCUUGAAUGACAUCAAGUCAUUGGCUGACUCUGUGGUUGUUGGCAAGGCCUCUGUCUUCCCAGAUAGUAAGUUAUUUUUGACUGGUAGUACAGAUGUUGUAAGUAAGCUUCAGGCAAAGAAUCUUUCUGUUUACGUUGAAACCUUCAGCAAUGAGUUUGUAUCUCAAGCAUGGGACUUCUUCUCUGAUGCAACUGUGGAAAUUAAUUCCUAUGUCAUGGGAGCCAAUAUUGAUGGUGUAAUCACGGACUUCCCUAAAACAUCUGCUAGAUACAAAAGAAACCGAUGUUUGGCCCUAGGUGACAAUACACCUGCUUACAUGAGCCCCGUUCAGCCUGGGGCUCUCUUGCAACUCAUAAGUCCUCCUUUCAUGCCACCAUCUGAGGCACCAAGCCCAGUGUUGACACUGGAAGAUGUAUCGGAGCCACCUUUGCCUCCUGUCUCACCAACCGGAUCAGCUUCUAACCCGAACUCUACAGCACCGGCACCAGCAUCUCGCAAUGCACAGCCUAAGAUUGCUGCAGGCUCCAUACUGUUGAGCUUAGCUAUGCUUCUUUCUGCUCUUUUCCUGUUCUGAAACCAUACUGGAGUUGUUUAUAGCUUUGAACUCUCUCUUUCUGCACAAGUAUUUCCCCUGGCAUUGCUUAAAAUUUGUCUAGUUUGGAGAUUUUUGCUGCUCCAUUAUACAGCUUACCCAUUCUUUUUGUCUCAUCUGUGCCCCUUUUACUGAAUGUUGCUGAAUUUUCCCCUGCUGAUGUUGUAGAUAAUAGAUAUAUUCAUUCUUCUUCCAAAUGUAAUUCGAGGGAUAUAAACUAUUUGAAGCAUACAUUUCAUAUAAUAUUUUAGUUAGCUUAUUUUUUUUUUA